AUGAUUGCGUCAUGUGAUAUUUGUGAAAAAUUCAAACGGAAUAAUCAAAAAGAGCCAUUGAUGCAAGAAAUUAAUCCAAAAUAUCCAUAUCACAUUGUAUCGGUGGACUUAUUUGAAUAUGCUGGUCGUGAUUACAUUUCAAUUUUUGAUGCGUAUUCAAAUUAUUUAGUGGCAACCAAAGUAAAUAAUAAGACCUCAGCACAUAUUAUCGACAUCUUCUGCUCGAUAUUCAAUAAAAUUGGUUACCCAUCGAUAAUCAAAAGUGAUAAUGUUCCAUUCAACUCAGCAGAGUUUGAAAAAUUUUCACGGAACUUCAAUGUUCAAUUUAAAUAUUCAAGUCCCAGAUAUCCACAAAGUAACGGUUUAGCCGAAAAGGGAGUAGCAAUUGCAAAAAACAUUUUGAAGCGGUGCUAUGAGGCAAACGAGGUGAACCAAUAUCAAUACAGAAUAUUGGAAUAUAAUACCACACCGGUGGCAGGCAUGCAACUUACUCCAUCGGAACUAUUUUUCAGCCGAUUGGUCAAAACAAGGUUGCCAGUGUCGGAACAAUUGCUUAUCAGAAACAACGUGGAUGAGGGUGUUAUUCAAGAAAAAAUCAAAAAUAAAAAAAAAAAGCAAAAAUAUUACUAUGAUCGAAACGUAAAGUCGUUGCCAUCGUUAAAGUUGGGAGACUUGGUGAUUUUUAAGAAGAAUGGAAAGGAGUGGCAUUAUGGAAAGAUAGUAGGAAUAGUAAAUGAGCGCUCAUAUAUCAUUAAGGACUCGUUUGAAAAUCAUUUUAGACGUAAUCGUAGAUUCAUAGCAAAAACUAAAAAUGAAGAUUUUAGUGCUAGUGAUUUGAUGUUUGAGGAAAAUGUAAAAUCGGGUCAAUCAAAUAAUUUGCCAGAGAUUCAAAUUAUGCAUCCUGUACAAGAAACAGUUAAUAAUGAUGAUGCUAACGAUAGUCGAAUAAUUGACACUCCCGCAAAUAAUGUGAGUGCAGAUGAAUUGGAUCUUUCAGUAAAUUUGGGAAAUAAUUCUUCAUCGGAAUAUGACACUGCUGAAGGUGAAAAUUCAGAAGCAAGCUCGGGAAGUGAUAGUGAAGUAAGCGCUCAGCCGGACAUUCGGGCUCCUAAUGUUCAACAAGAAUAUAAAACGCGUAGUGGUCGUUCUGUAAGACCGCCGCAAAGAUAUGGCUGGUAA